AUGGGUUUUGCAGAGGAGAGAAGCAGAGAGAGAAUGAGAGUCAAGAGCAGGUCAGAGAGAGUGUAUAUUUCGAAAGAAUAUAAUAGUGCAUCUCCCUCCGUGGUUCUCUCUCUGCGAGCUGUCUACGCAACGCAACUAUUAUUUAUAACCCUCCCCCAGAUACGACUGCCAUAUGAAUUUCCAGUGGGUGGAAAGGACAUACACAACAGGACGACACUCGCUUUCUGGGCUACUGCAGCAGCUGCUUGGCCCACUCACCCACAAAAAGAGAGAUUCAGAACGUCCAAGUAUUGCAUUUGUCAUGGAGAAUCCUUUCUCACAAGAAUCUGUAUAACAGACUCGAUUUAUUUCGGAUGUGUUCCUGUGAUCUCGCAUGAUAACUAUGAACUGCCAUUCAAUGACAUCCUUGACUGGACAAAAUUUUCUGUAAGAAUUGCUGAGGAUUACAUUUAUGUGGUGGAGCAGAUUCUUGAAGACAUAUCAGAUUCGGAAUUCAGUGACCUGCAUUACAACAUAGUCAAGGUUCAAAGGCACUUCGAGUGGAAUUCACCUCCAAGAAAAUAUGAUGCCUUCCAUAUGAUAUUGUACGAGCUCUGGUUGCGCCACCUAUCCAUAUCAGAUGAUCUUUCGGAUUUCUGAACUUCUGUACAUUUCCAAACACAAAGAUGACAAGCACUACUGUACAAUUGUUCUUUACCAGAUCAAGUUGGAAGUUAAGGGAUAUCCGUUACUAGUUAGAAUUUGUUCCAUUCUUUGUUCAUUUGUAUUCUUGACGGCCUAAUAAAGCUCCAGUUCUAUUGAAUACAUCGAUUCUUCUGUUUCUCUAA